UCCAAGUGAAAAGGGGAGUGUGCCUCUUGAGAGUCUGAUUGAUUCUUUUGCUGUCUGGCGUCUCUCUGAACCACCUACCAACUCUGACAGUCCAAAGAUGGCCCAGCUAACUUCAGCCCAAUGGCGGGCCAUGUUAGAUGCAGCCAGCGAUGUGGAAAAAACGCAUUUGCAAGUCCUUCUAGAUGCUGCACUCAGAAGGGAAGAAGAGACGGAGAAGGAGAGGAAGGAGGAGUUGUUGAAGCAUCAAGAGUCCAUCUUGGCAACUAUUCCCUCACUGUCUAAUGAACAGUGUGGGGAACAGCUGCAGUCCAUCCUAGCUGCUUUCUUCCAAGUUCGGAAGCUUGAAGAUCAUACCAAGCAGUUCGCCGAAGUCUUCGAUGAGCUGAAGAAACUUCGGGACGAACUGACUGAUAUGACCGGCAAGUACCUAGGUGCAGAUUCCGUUGCUGUUGGAAACAACAGUGAGGCAGGAAAUUCUGCAACUGCUGCAGCCCAAGGACCAGAACCAGCUGCAGUUGGUCCCAGUCGCUCCGAUUCCUAUGUGGACCGAAAGGCGGUUCAGAUACCGUCCAAGUACGAUGGGAAAGAAGACGUCGAGUCCUGGAUCAGCUCCAUGAGAGCUUACUUUGAAGUACUGGGGACUCAACUAGAGACCCAGUCCGUGGGAAUGAACGUCGAACCUAUGGUACGGGGCUUCCUAGAAGUCCAGGCUAUACGGGAUGGGGUCCCUAAGAUAGAAGUUGCCACCAUUGAAGAGCUCCUCAUUAAUCAGUACAAGGAUCCACACGCCGCAGCCAAGGUAAGAGGUCAGCUCGACAAGAUCAAGCGCAGCAAAUGGGUAGGCACUAUGAAGAGCCUGCAAACUUACCUGAGUAAGAUGUUUGCUACGCCUGGUCUUGAAUUAACUGAUCAAUCUUGUCUGGAUGUGGUCAAGGGCGCAGUCCCCACCAACUAUACUAAUCGCCUGGGCAGGGAUUUCAUCGAUUAUACUGAUUGGUUUGUCUUAAUGAAAGACAUAGUCAGUCUCGAGGCAGCAGACCUCGUUACCGCAGCAGGCAGCAAGAAGCCUACGGGCGGCAGGCGGUUCAAAGGCAGCAGCCGUUUUGCUGUGCAUGACCUGUUGGAGCGAGAAGAGGAGGCCGAAGCAGACGACCCCACUCUUGGUGACGACAAAGAACAGGACGCUGAUACAGCCUGCUUAGAGCCUGAGGCAACCAAGGUUGAAGUCAUACGCGAUUGGCCUCAACCUGCGAAUGUUCGUGAACUGCGCUCUUUUCUUGGUCUUGCAUCUUACUAUCGGAAGUUUGUGCCCCGUUUCUCUAUAAUUGCUCAUCCAUUGUCCCGACUAACGAGCAAGAAUGUUCCCUACACGUGGGACGACGCAUGCACGAGCGCCUUUGCGGCCUUGAAGGAAGCCUUGGUAAGUUGUCCCGUACUCCGCAUCGCUGAUCCCAAACUGCCUUUCGUUGUUACCACGGAUGCAAGUCGGUAUGGGAUCGGCGCAGUGCUGCAGCAAGAUGACGGCGAUGGCUUGCGGCCACUCGAAUACUACAGCAAACGCAUGCCCAGCGUAAAGGUAGCCACUUCCACCUACAUGCGCAAGCUCUAUGCUUUGCGCACGGCGUUGGAUCAUUGGAAACACUAUCUGUUGGGACGCCACUUCAAAGUGUUCUCGGAUCACGAGACUCUGAAGUGGAUCAAAAUGCAAACUACGCUGUCCCCUACCUUGCUUCGCUGGUUCCAUGAGAUCGAUAUCUUUGAUUUUGAAUUAAGGCAUAAAAAGGGUUGUUACAAUCGAGUUGCUGACGCUUUGUCUCGCCACCCUGAGCACAUGACUUGCCUAGUGAAAUCCUACGACCUCCGGAAGAAACUGAAGGAGGAACUCGUAGAGCAAACAGCCAAGGAUUCGGAGCUUGGACCCAUCCCUGAGCAGCUGCGGGCUGAUCCCAGUAGUCAGUCUGAUUUUCACGAGCAUGGAGGACUUGUUUUCUGUCGUAACGGGAACCACGACCGUUUGUGUGUGCCCAACCAUGAGCCUCUCCGCACGCACUUUCUGGAUUUGGCUCAUGGCCGGAGCGGACACUUCAGCAUGGCAAAAACGUACGCAAAUUUGCUGAGACAGUUUGAUUGGCCUGGCAUGAAAGGAACUGCUGAAAAGUUUGUGGCUGAAUGUCAAGUCUGUCAACGAAUCAAACCAUGCAGACAAAAGCCUAUGGGGCUGCUCACACCUCUUCCCAUUCCUGAUGGUCCCGGGGAGUCUGUCUCUGUCGACUUCACCGACAUGGGAAAGUUCGGUGCCCCGAAGACUCUUGUGAGCGAUCGGGAUCCGCGCUUCAUCAGUAUUGAAUGGAAGGACUUCACGUCUCAACUAGGGAUCAGACUUUGCAUGACAUCUAGUCGACACCCCGAAACCAACGGUUUGGCUGAGGAGAUCAACCAGACUGUGUUUCAACUCCUCUGCGCCUUGAUUAUCCCGGAUCAGGAGACUUGGGACGAAGAGCUAUAUUCCGUCAAGGGGUUGUACAACAACUCCGUCCAUUCCGCCACCGGCAUGACGCCCAACAGGCUGCAGUACGGUUGGCAGAUCCGGAAUCCGCUCUCAUACUUAUUCCCUGAACAGCCAGCCAGCUUAACACCUGGCAGGCCUGGCUUCAAAGCCAAGUACGAUCGCUUGCUCAAGGUUGCUGUUGCAGCCAUGACUAAGCGACAGCACGCCAUGAUCCAUCACGCGAACAAGAGGCGCAGACCGUCCAAUAUUGAGGGUCAUAACAAAAAAGAACAUUGCACAAUCCAAAAUGUUGCUGAGAACAGGGCUCCCCACGUUGCCGAGAAAGCAGCCUCAGACCGCAAGACCAUCAGGGCCAUCAGGCCCCUGGUCCCCGUCCGCUACAGGAGAAAAUUUGGAGAAUGCCAAGUGGCCACCGGUGUAUCCUUUGCUAUUCCAACAAUACGAGACCAGCGGACACUGGCCAAAGCCAUCAAAGAAGGAAUCUCUGAAGAUUUCCCCUCAGGGGUCUUCAGAAUCCCCCCCUCCUUUGCAGAAAACCCAGAAGAGACAGACCAGGACCCCGAUUCAGCAAAGUCCUUUGAACCGAUACUCAUAAAAAUGGAAGAAAAAGCAAGAUUAUGUGAGGGACUGGUGUGGAGGGCAUGGAACACAGCGACAACUUUGCCGUACAGCACUCUUGCAGGCAAGAUGUGGCCGGCAGAGGUGAUGGCUGAUUCCCUAGCCACCAUCAUCAAGUCCCACAUCCUCUCCAUGGAGCACUCCCUGUGGGAUGAAGCCAUGCCACUCUACGUGGAACCCGAGGAUAACGACGGGAGCAGGGGAGAGGACGACGAUGACAUACUGGCCGAUAGGAUCCCCCUGGACAACGCUGAGACUGGUACCACCCCAGCGCCCGAGGGCAGCAUGGGGAAGUACAGCUUGGGGUCGACAGUGGAAAAGAGGGACAAUUAGGAUAGCGGAGGGUCCACGACAAACAACGUGGGGAGGAUAAACUACGGCCUCGACAACAUACUCACCAAGGAGGAUAAACUACGGGACAUUCAAGGAGGUUUUACAAAUAAAAACAAGCCAAAACC